AUCGUUGAAAAAACUUGUGUUUAUUAACCCGGAUCUCUAAAAAAACCCGACUAUCUGUAACUCACAUAAUUAACUCAUGAAUUGACUGAUCCGCCCGAAAAGCAGGACUAACCCGCAACGCAUAUGGAGGCGGCGGACCCAACCCGUUGUCAGGUCAAAGGCCAGAGAGGGUGCCCGGCGAUAGGGUUCCGCGGUCCGUUGUUUCGACUUCUUCAGGGGGUUGCUUUGAAUACUUUUCUCAUGUAAGUUUCUUAGCAACUAGAGAGAAAUUCCACUUCUUUUGAUCACUUUUCUGUCAUUGUCGCUUUCCCUUUCCAAGUUAAAGAUUAAACGUGGUUUUGGAUUGCAAUCAAUAAUCUUAGAAGUGUAUCAAAGAAUAAUUUUCUUCACAUGUGCUGAAGCUUCCUGGAAAUACAGCUGUGGGUCCAAA